GGAAUGAGGCUCUGCGACUUCCUGUGCCACAAGUCCGCCAGAGUCGCGCGGCUGCGGGAGGAGGAGGUUGCGGCGCUGCGACUCUACACGCUGCCGAGCUUCCCGCACAUCAACGACCCGCUGAGGGACCAGGGGCGGAUAGAGAGGAGGGAGCCGCACCCGCUUCCUCUGAUCACCUUCCUCAUCGUCGAGGGGCUGAAGAAGCUGCGGGGCGUCGAGACCUCAAACAGUGUCGGGAUGGAGUCUCGGGUGCUGUGGCGGGGGAUGAAGAACCUGUCUGUGUCCCACGGGUUUGUGGAGAGAGGAGGGACGGAGCUCGUGCCGAUGUCGACUUCGACUGAGCUGCAGGUCGCAGCAGCAUACGGGAUGAGCCGGGAAACGCUGAUCUUUCGCUUCAGAACCAAGAACAGCCUGCAGCGUGGUGUGGACGUGUCUUGGCUCUCGGCGUUUCCCAAGGAGGAGGAGGUGCUGUACCCUCCUCUGACGUACAUGCAGCCCACAGGAAGGGAGCAGGAGGUUCAGGUUGGGAUCGCGAGGUACAGGAUCGUGGAGGUGGAGCCG